AUGUGGCCUCUCUCCGAUUAUAACCGAAAGCUUCUUCUGCAACAUGUCUCAGAGCUAGGGUCAUUCGUGUCUCUCUGUGGACAGUUCGAAGGCCCAUUAUUAAAUUUGAUCGACUCUAGCACUGCGCUCUUCAUGCAGGCUGGUGUUAUUCACGCUACUAUUACCCUCGAAGGAGGUAUACUUAUUGGGAUUAACACAUUCUCUGCGGGGAGUGCUCUCGCCAGUCUCCAGUGUUUUCUCUAUGAGCUUGAAGCUCAGUUGGAAGAGAAUUAUGCCGAAAUCUUCCGUCUCUUUACAUUGCAGCUGAAAGCGAUAUCCGGCGAUCUCAGCAUUUCUCGAGAGUUUUUGAGACAGUGGCUAUCAUUGAGUGAUCGACUUAAUGACAUCGUUCGCCGUCGCGUUUCUCGCGAUCGGCUGAAAGUCAGAGAGAAAUUGGAACUGCAAAAUCUAUUACGUGCACUACUGGCAGUAGCUGAACAGGAAGGAGUCCUACCGGGGAGCUGUUGCAACGAAAUGGAUGGGAUAUCGCACUUCCAGAAGACGCAUUUGUUAGUAGCGGGACUAAACAUGCGAGAAAUAGCGAACGUGAGAGUGGGAAGUUAA